UUCGCCACCACGCAGUAGGAUGUCUGAUGCUUGGUAUUCUCUGGUUGAAAACGUAACUUUCGUUGCUAGCACUCUGCGCAUCAACGCGCGACUUCUUCGUCGUCUUCUUGAGGAGAAGAUGAUAGCCUUGGACGACUAUGAAUACUUGCUCAGCGAACGGAUUCCGAAAUGGAAAAGAAUGGAUCAUCUUAUUUUACACAUUUUAAUCAAACAGGCUCCCGAGCGUUUUCCCACGUUUUGCAGUAUCCUAAAAAGUGUCGGACAACAAUUUAUUGCAGAAAGACUGGAGAAGAGCAAUGAUGCAACAUCACGUGACGUAUACCCUGGUGAUGCAGAAAAAGCAAAUGAUAUUGGCAUGAGUGCAUUUCAACCUGUGAAUUUUGUGUUCUCAUCGACGUCAUCGACUAGAAUGUUUGAGAGUUAUGAGUGUACGUCACGCAACAUACAAGCCCAACUGCAAGUUGAAACUGCAGAGAAAUGGGAGGAAGUGGCGACAUUGGCGCGCGUGUCAGACCCUCUAGAGCUGGUUUCAUGUUCCCAUGCAAACGUUGGAAACGACGACGAUCCGUGGCCUGCUCUUAGACAGAACUACGUUUUCCUGUUCAGUCAACUGCAGUACGAGCCUCUCUUUCUUGCUUGUUUGUAUGAGAACUAUAUGAUUUCAAACGACGAUUUUGAGAUGCUUAGCAAUGAUAGUCUCUCUCAUGAAGAAAAGGUUCGUUUGCUGAUCGUCGACGUUCUUCCCAGCAAUCCGCCCCAAAAGUUUGCUACAUUUUGUCUCAUUCUUCGCUGUGUCAAUCAGUCACAUAUCGCCGAUCUACUGGAGCAAAAUCCUCAAGAAGUGUGGCUCCUUCCACAGGCAAUGAAUACACGAGCUGAGGAGCAAAGUAUGCAAAGAAGAAUUGAGAUGUUAUUGGUUCAAGUGUCUGAUUUGGACAGAGACAAACAAGAUGCAAUGAAGAAAGUUGCUGCAGCAGAAGUUAAAGCUCAAGAGGCAAGAGAGGAAGCUACAAAAGCAAACACAAGAGCUGUGACAGCCGAAAUUUUAAGAGAAAAAGCAGAAGUCGAGAGAAGAGGAGACCAAUUGAUAAUCAUGGCUCUUAGGAUGAAGUGUCAAGAUGAGAUCAAUGACAAUCCUCCAACAUGGACAGAGUGGAAUGUACACAUUCCUAGUGUCAGUUGGUCCUAUGGUAGUAUGGGGGAGAUUCAAAGUAGACUGGUGUUAGCAGGUGGCAAUGGUAACAUGCAUGUCCUCACCGAUACUGGUGAUAAUUGGGACACUUUCAGCAGAAAACAUGGUGACAUCCAGAAUGUAGUAUGUCAUCAGGAUGUGUGCCUAGUGUGCUUGUAUGAUAGAGAGAAGGAUCGGGUUGUAAUUGAACAAUUUUAUUUGAAUGAAGAUGACAAAUGGCGUUUUGUCACGGUUCUACCAGAGGAACUACAGUUGUAUUAUGUAUCUGUUGCUCUUUGUGACAACUCACUGUACGUGCUGGGUGGUAGAACAUGGCUAGGGGAGCGAGUGAACACAGCAUGUGUGUGUGACCUACACACCAGACGUUGGUCUAAGAUGGAUGGCAUGCAAACUAAACGUUGUGACUGUUUUUCUGCUAUAAUAGACAACACAUUAUUUGUAGGGGGAGGAUGGACUGAUGUAGUUCACAGUUGUAAUACUGUUGAGUGUGCAGAUGUUCGUACAGGAAGAUGGAGAACAAUCCCUUCGACAACUAACUAUGGCUGUACAUUGACAGCAGUCAGUAACAAACUGGUGGUGACAGGAGGACUUACACAACAGACGUCUGUUUCGUUUCCUUCUCAUGUGGUUGAAUUGUAUGAUGAGAGAUCUAAGAAAUGGCUUCCUCUUCCAUCUAUGGUACACAAACGGUGGCUACAUGCCGCGAUAUCAACUCAGAAUGGAGAACUCAUUACAGCAGGAGGAAGGACUGGAAAGUUUAUAGAAAGUCUAAAUUGUCACUGAAAUGUGAUAUUUUUUGAAUUAGUCUUUAUAUUGUUUAUUCUAUAUAUUUAUUAAAUAUAGACAAUAAUUUUAGCCGUUGAUAGAAAUUUAAGCGUCUAUUGGUCACGUGACAUACAUUACAGGUUUUUCUUUAUCAAUUCAAGUUGUAUGUACUGGAUAGAAUUGUUUUAUAGUAAUUUCUUUAUUGUACUAAAGCAAUGUAUAUUACUUGUA